AGUAUAUUUUGAAAUUUGUAACGGUUUGUUUUUAUAAUAACACCUAAUGAGUGUUUAAAAUAUUCCUCUUCCAAAUUGAACAAAACAGACCAUUUCUCCUCAUUCGAGCUUUCCUUCCUUAGUUGCAAGAUGUCAUCAGAAGGCGGCGGCAACGGAAACGGCGGCGGCGGUGGCGGAAACAAUGGAGGUGGAGGCGGCGGCGGCAAUAAUAAUAAGAAGGCGGAGGAGGCUAAGAAGGCAGAGGAAAAGCCCCAGCCGCAUGCUGUAUUAGAACAGCUUUCCGGCGUGCAAUAUUGCAUCAAUAGUCCACCCUCAUGGUCGGAAGCAUUGUGUUUGGGUUUCCAGCAUUACCUCUUAACUCUAGGCAACAUUGUCUUCAUCCCCAAAACAAUUGUGCCUCUAAUGGGUGGUGGCAAAGUGGAAGAGGCAAGGGUAAUGCAGACAUUACUUUUUAUAUCAGGAUUAAACACAUUGUUUCAAUCCUUAUUUGGAGUGAGGUUACCUUCAGUUAUAGGUGGUUCUUAUGCCUACUUAAUCCCAAUUACCUCAAUUAUCCAAACUAGGAGACUUCAGCACAUUGUGGAUCCUCACUUGAGGUUUGAGCACAGUAUGAGGGCCAUUCAAGGAGCCCUCAUUGUGGCAUCUUGUUUUCAAGUCAUUACUGGUUUCAUAGGGCUGUGGAGAAAUGCUACAAGGUUUCUAAGCCCUUUAUCUGUAGUCCCACUAAUCACUUUAACUGGACUUGGCCUAUUCCAUCUUGGCUUCCCACUGAUGGCAAAGUGUGCCGUUGUGGGGGUUCCGGAGCUCUUCUUAAUUGUGCUUGCCUCACAGUAUCUUCCAACAUGGCUAAAACUAAAAAGGCCAAUAUUGGAUAGGUUUGGUGUAUUGUUUUCUGUGAGCAUUGUGUGGACAUACGCAGCCAUUUUAACAUACAGUGGACCUUACAAAACAUAUUCACAAGAGAAUUGCAGGGUAGAUGGCUCUGGUCUCAUGUCUGGUUCCUCUUGGAUUCAAAUCCCUUUGCCAUUUCAAUGGGGACCUCCCACCUUUAACGCUGGUGAUGUCUUUGCAAUGCUAUCGUCAUGCUUCGUCUCCUCCAUCGAGUCAACCGCGGUGUUUUACGCUACAUCGAGAUAUGGGAGUGCCACACCAGUGCCACCUUCUAUUGUUAGCCGAGGCGUCGGAUGGCUUGGGGUAGGGACUAUGCUCAGUGGCAUUUUUGGAGGACUCACUGGCCCUUGUGCAACACCCAGAGAAAAUGCUGGGCUUUUAGCAUUAACAAAAGUUGGAAGCAGAAGAGUUGCUCAGAUAUCUGUUGGGUUCAUGAUUUUCUUUUCCAUCCUAGGGAAAUUUGGAGCAUUUUUUGCCUCAAUUCCUAUGGCAGUCAUGGCGGCCUUGUAUUGUGUCUUCUUUGCAUAUGUUUCUUCAGCUGGUCUAGGAUUCCUCCAAUUUUGCAACUUGAAUAGCUUCAGAACAAAGUUCAUACUUGGAUUUUCCUUGUUCAUGGGACUAUCACUGCCUCAAUACUUCAAAGAGCACCAAAUGGUUUCUGGUUCAUACCCUGUUCAUACACAUGCCAAAUGGUUCAACGACAUAAUAUGUGUCGUCUUCACAUCGCACGCGACUGUUGCGGUCGUGUUGGCGGAAUUUCUGGAUCGCACGUUGCCGAACAACGACAGUAAAGAUAACGGAGUAGGAGGAGGCAGUUUUCUCCCAAAUUUCCCCGCAAGAAUUUCAAUGGGAACUCAAACCUCAGAAACCGCAGAAACAAACUCCUCAUCACUCAAUUCUCCCGAUCACCGGAAAAAUGGAACCGGCGUCCGUGGCAGUAUCUCUGGUCAGGUCCGAUCGUCCACUGAAAACUCACCGGGAAACGGAAACGGCGAGGGUGAUGCUGAGGGUGCCGGCGAUGACUCGAUUUGCAAUUCAUUAGCUCCGGUUCGAAGUUUUUCGCAUUGGUCCCAACAGUGGAGCACCGAGACGGUGGAGCCGAAACUUUAUGCCGGUGUUGAUUCAAACGGCGGCGAACCUGAUUGGACGGACACGUGGAUGCAUCGCGAUCACCAUUCCUCUCCCUCAAUUUCUGGGUCCUCGGGUUUGGAUCUGAACUGGAAAGCUGACCCGGUGAGUUUGGACUGGUCAGAGUGGCAUCCCGAUGAGACGGGGCAAGAGAUUGAACAUUCAAGUUUAGAAGAUAACACUUCUUUUAACUUCUGUUUCUUUGAUGAUGAGACUUCUUCGCCAGUGGGUGGAGGGCUUGCUAAUUUGGGCAACACUUGCUUUCUUAAUGCUGUGCUGCAAGGCCUCAUGCACAUAGUGCCAUUGCUACAGGGUAUUGAAGCUUAUAGUCAUCCAUCCCCAUGUGACGCCUUUAAUGAAGUGUAUUGUGUACUAUGUGAUCUUAAAGAGCUUACGAAUGCCACCCUAGCUUGUAAGGGUAGCAUCGUCAAUCCCUGGAAAACUGUCAACAAUUUCAGUUAUUUUUCAUCUAGUUUUCAGAGGUAUCAACAGGAAGAUGCUCAUGAAUUUCUACUGUGUUUUCUGGAUGGACUUGAAAGAUCUUGCAGCUAUAUAAAGCCGGAGGGCCAGGUGCACUCAAAUCAUGUAAAUUUUGUGAAGCAGACUUUUGGGGGUCACCUCAUUAGCAAAUUGCAGUGUUUCAAUUGUGGCCACUGCUCUAUAACUUAUGAGCCACUAGUUGACCUGAGUUUGGAGAUAGGCGAUGCAGACAGCCUCUAUAUGGCUUUGGAUUCUUUCACGAGAACUGAAAAGAUUGAAGAUACUGUGGCAAAAUUCACAUGUGAAAAGUGCAAGUUACAUGUGUCACUUGAGAAGCAGCUUUUGUUGGAUGAGACCCCUUUGGUUUCCAUCUUUCAUUUGAAGAGAUUCAGAAAUGAUGGUUGUCUUGUUGAGAAGAUUGACAAGCAUAUCGCUUUCCCGCUUGAAUUGGAUUUGCUUCCUUAUGUGAAAAGAGACAAAAAACAUGCGGAAUCAAAAUAUAAUCUUGUGGCAGUCUUGGUGCAUAUAGGGCUGACAUUGCAUUCUGGGCACUACUACUGCUUCAUCCAUUCUUCUCCCAAUGAAUGGUACAAGUUUGAUGACUCAAAGGUUACUCGGGUCCAAGAAGAUUUUGUUAUGUCUCAGUCCGCAUACAUUCUAUUCUAUGCAAGACAGGACACUCCCUGGUUCUCAGAUUUCAUACAAACAAAGCAACUCAAACCGAACAGUUCUCCUAAACAGGUGUUAUAUAAUGUUGACUCAAUCUCUGGUUCUUCUCCCAUAAGGGAAAUUGGGUCAAGACACAAAGUGAUUUGCACAAGUGAAAAAGGAAAGGAAAACUUAUGCAAUUCUUCUGAUGAUAUCUGUUCUGCCAAUGCCGAGAAAACACCUACUCGAUCAGUACUUAAAGAAAACAAUACAAAACAGGAGUUCAGGGCGAGCAAACGAUGUGGAGAUGUGACUAGUAAAACUUGUUCAAGAUGUCCAAGGCAAGAGAUACAUGAAGAAGACACAACUGAUGAAAUUUGUUGCAAAAAAGAUGAAUCUCAUAAGAGGGCGGAGGCAGACCUAGAAGGAAGUAUGAAGAAGAGAAUGAGAAGAAGGAAAGCUGUUUGCCCAGUUGGAGAUAGUGGUGAGCUGUCUCCUCGGCGUUCUUUACGGUUACGUCCUUUGAAGGCCAGCAGCCUCAGAUGAGAGGUGAGAAGAAGGUGAAAACCAGGUUAGCAAGGGGAAACUUCUUUUUAGAUGCAUUGUUAAUUGCAGUGUUUUUUUUCUCCUAACCCCCCUUUUCCACUACAAUAUGAAGUAGUGUGUCCAUGGUAGUUACUAAUUACGGUAAUAAUUUAGUUACAGUCAG